CGUUUGGAUAAAAUUUGGAGGAUUCAUAGGAAUUUUGCUUCAGUGAGUAAAAUGGGCACUUCUGAAUUUAACUUCCUGCCUCUGGCAAUCUUGGUCCUUAGUUGUGUAUUUGCUGCGGAGACUUCUGUAGUCCAAUCAAGUGUACAAUCACCGCAUGAUGGAAAAGCCUUGCCCACGGACCAUACGACGAGAUUGGGACUUCGAAUGACAGUACGAGAUUCAGAGCCCUUGGUCCAGACGACCCUUGGGCUUGUGCAGGGGGUUAAGGAAAUCCAGGGAGAGGUCGCGGUGUUCGCUUUCAGAGGCAUCCCUUUUGCUGAGGCGCCUCUUGACAAGCUCAGGUUCAUGCCUCCAGUCCCAGCUUCGCCUUGGAACUCAACGCUGAUAGCUAACGAAUCGCGGAGCGAGUGCGUUCAAUGGUUCGGCGCCGGGGAGGAAGAUUGUCUCUUCCUCGACAUCUAUGUACCGCAGACUGUGUUGGACGUAAACUCUUCGUUGGCCAGCAUUGUGUUCAUCCACGGCGGUGGCUUCAUGUUCGGGAGCACCACGCCCUAUGGGGAAGCAUUUCCACUGCUGCGUCAUGACGUCAUCGUGGCCAUGCCCCAGUACCGUCUGGGUGUUCUCGGAUUCUUUUCCACUGACGACGAAGUUGCGCCGGGCAACCAAGGUCUUCAGGACCAAACCCUCGCCCUCAAGUUCCUCCACGACAACAUAGCAAAUUUCGGGGGAGAUCCGCAGCGUGUCACUAUCAUGGGCUCCAGCGCCGGAUCUGUUUCGGCUCAUUUCCAAAUGGUUACACCAGCAGCUCAAGGUCUGUUCAGCGGCGUGUUGCUGCACAGUGGCUCGAUCACAGCGCCAUGGGCCCUCGGCCGCGACUUCAACAAGAACGCCCACACCAUAGCACGCGAGUUUCAGUGCCGAGCAAACUCAUCUGAGGAAAUUGUGGACUGCCUGCAGCAAGUGAACGCCCACUUGCUCGAAGACACCCUCUACCUCACCAUGGAAUGGAACGGUCAGCCCUUCUGUUUCGCGCCGCGCGUCGACGGCCAGUAUAUUCCCGCUGAACCCGCCCGCCUGCUGCUGGACGGGGACUUUACUCACGUGCCUGUCAUGAUGGGCACCGUCAGGGACGAAGGCGCCAUCGAGGCCACCGAAUUGUUCUACCUGCCGCACUUUAUCCAAUCCCUGGAGGAAAACUUCGAGACGAACGGUCCUAUCAGCCUGAUGUUAUAUCCUGACGAAGAUCCUGUCAACACUGCCUACACCGUUUAUGACUACUACAUUGAUGGCAACAUUACCAGCGACCAGGCUGAUAACCUUACAAGGUUGUACACGGAUUUGUUCUUCCACGUACCUCUCGAUUGGGCGGUGGAGAUGAUGGCAGAACAGGUGCCCGUGUACCUACACGAGCUGCACCACAGGGGCGUUAACGGGUAUACCAACUUCUACCUCGAACACGGCCUCAACCUGUCCCAAGCCGCGAACUGGAUUGCCCAUGGCGACGAUCUUCAAUACAUAUUAAGGACGCCCAGCGAACUGACCACAGCUGACGACAUCGCCGUGAGCGACCUCUACGGCGAACUGUGGGCCAACUUUGCCAAAUAUGGUAACCCCACGCCCACGGCGGACAGUUCCUCGCUAGGCUUCGUGUGGCCGACCGCCACUGCGGACGACUCACGCCAGUUCCUUCGCGUGACUCCUGCGCCGGGCCUCUACCCCUACUACAGGAGCGCCUCCAGGGACUUCUGGGCCACGCUCCCUCUCAGGAUUAAUGCAAUUAUAGCUGGAGGCCGAUGAAUGUAGGUUCUUAUGUUGAGCUCUAAAUAAUUCUUUGGAAAAUAAAUACAAAGAGUGCUGUGCAAUUGUAAU